UCUUCGUCUUCGUCUUCAUCUUCAUCUUUUUUAACAACGCAAUAUAGGCAAUGAAUCCUUUUACAAUGUUGCCGGAGGGCUGCAUAUCGGAGAUAAUUUCAUUCACAACUCCGGUAGACACCAUUAGAUCAUCAGUUAUAUCGAGAGGAUUCAAAGCUGCAGCGGAAUCUGAUGUCGUAUGGGAUAAAUUUCUACCGUCCGAUCAUCAAAAUAUAGUUUCCAGAUCAGUUUCUCCAAUACUUUUUGACAACAAAAAGGACCUUUACUUUAGACUCUCUGAGUCUCCUAUCUUUCUCGAUGAGGAUAAAAUGCAGAGUUUUUGGCUUGACAAAACAAAUGGGAAGAAAUGUUAUCUACUCUCUUCAAGGCAAUUGACAAUUUCUUUUUCAGACACUGAGUUAUUUUGGGAACACACAUUUGAUGCAGAUUCAAGAUUUCCAGAGGUAGCAUUACUCAAUAACGUCGAUUUACUAGAUAUCCGAGGUAUGAUUGGAACUCGAGAGUUAUCAUCAGGAACAAAUUAUGCAGCUUAUUUAGUGUUCAAAGUAUCGGAGAGGUACCAUGGCCUUGAAUCGACAAAUGCAAUGGUUAGAUUCGUUAAUCAAGAGAACGAGGACGAGGCUGAAGAAUGAGGUACUAUUGUUAUACUAGCAGCAAGAACACCAAGGAAUUUAAAAGGAAGGUUACCAGAAAAAAGAACUAAUGGAUGGCUUGAAGUAGAAAUUGGAAAGUUUUACAAUGGUG